AUGACUCAGGGGGUCAAAGUAUUGAAAACAUCUGUUCUGUUCCAGCUGUUUCAGGUGGUCCUCCUCCUCUUGGCUCCAGCGUUGAUCAGCUGCUAUCGCAGCCUUUAUCCGACGGACUGCAGCCAGAUCGAAAGAGAAGAAGGCGAUGAUGACUGCAAGAGCGGCCGCUACAGGAUCUACCCUGCAGGAGAGAACUCGGGAGUGGCGGUGUUCUGUGAGAUGAGCCGAAACCAGGCAGCAUGGACAGUGUUUCAGACCAGGAGUAACGGACUCGUCAACUUCUUCAGGCCCUGGAAUCAUUACAAGCUCGGUUUUGGUCUCCCUAUGGGAGAACACUGGCUCGGUCUGGACAACCUUCACUAUCUGACCUCAGGACCCACACAGUUUGAGUUACAGGUGGACAUAGAGGACUUUGAGGGAAAUACAGCGUUUGCUCAUUACAGCUCGUUCUCCGUGGACUCUGAGUGUAACGGAUACAGACUUUCAGUGUCAGGAUUCACAAAUGGACCAGCAGGAGACGCCCUGGCGUAUUCAAACGGCAUGAACUUCACCACCUUUGACAGAGACCAGGACUACUGGUAUGAUAACUGUGCCAAAAGGUACCUGGGAGCGUUCUGGUACAGAGACUGUCACCAAGCAAACCCUAACGGGGUUUAUCUCUGGGGGCAGGACGGCAUGCCCACUUCUACUGGAGUUACAUGGUACCCUUGGAAAUUAUCCCAUGAUUACUCUCUGAAGAGCAUCGUCAUGAAGAUCCGUCCAGUGCAAGUUUACUAACUCUCCAGGAGCAGCAGAAGACCAGAUGUUGACCUGUCUCAACAUCUGUCCCUUUCAUCAGUCAAAGUCAAAUUAAAUCAAAUGUUUGAACCCUGAUGUCAAUCAUCACCUGCUGCAUGUCCACAAUAAACGAGAUGCAAAAAAA